AUGGAGAGCAGCCCCGAGAGCCUGCAGCCGCUAGAACACGGGGUGGCGGCCGGGCCAGCGUCAGGGACAGGUUCUUCGCAGGAAGGGCUACAGGAGACCAGGCUUGCCGCUGGUGAUGGUCCUGGGGUAUGGGCGGCAGAGAGCAGCGGCGGGAAUGGGCUGGGGGCGGCGGCCGCCAGCAGGAGCCUCCCGGACUCGGCUUCUCCCGCGGGCUCUCCUGAGGUUCCCGGACCUUGCAGCUCCUCCCCGGGUUUGGACUUGAAGGAUAGUGGUUUGGAGAGUCCUGCUGCCGCCGAGGCGCCUCUGAGAGGGCAGUACAAGGUGACCGCCUCCCCGGAGACAGCCGUGGCCGGAGUGGGUCAUGAGUUGGGUCCCGCCGGAGACGCGGGAGCCCGCCCGGAUCUCGCCGGCACCUGCCAAGCAGAGCUGACGGCCGCCGGCUCCGAAGAGCCCAGCAGCGCCGGCGGCCUCAGCAGCAGUUGCAGCGACCCGACCCCUCCUGGGGAAUCGCCGAGCCUGGACUCUCUGGAGUCGUUCUCUAACCUGCAUUCUUUUCCCAGUAGCUGCGAGUUCAAUAGUGAGGAGGGAGCGGAGAACAGGGUCCCUGAGGAGGAGGAGGGCGCGGCUGUGUUGCCCGGGGCUGUUCCUCUGUGCAAGGAGGAGGAGGAAGAGGAGGAGGAGGAGGAGACCGCUCAGGUGCAGGCGGUCUCCAAGGAACGCUUCCCGGGACAGUCUGUGUAUCACAUCAAGUGGAUCCAGUGGAAGGAAGAGAACACACCCAUCAUCACCCAGAAUGAGAAUGGACCCUGCCCCUUGCUGGCCAUCCUCAAUGUUUUGCUCCUGGCCUGGAAGGUGAAACUUCCACCGAUGAUGGAAAUCAUAACUGCCGAGCAGCUGAUGGAAUAUUUAGGAGAUUACAUGCUUGAUGCAAAGCCAAAAGAAAUUUCAGAAAUUCAACGUUUAAAUUAUGAACAGAAUAUGAGUGAUGCCAUGGCAAUUCUGCACAAACUACAGACAGGCCUGGAUGUAAAUGUAAGAUUCACUGGUGUUCGAGUGUUUGAAUAUACACCAGAAUGCAUAGUAUUUGAUCUUCUUGAUAUUCCUUUGUACCAUGGGUGGUUAGUAGACCCUCAGAUUGAUGACAUCGUAAAAGCUGUUGGUAACUGCAGCUACAACCAACUAGUGGAGAAGAUCAUCUCUUGUAAACAAUCAGACAAUAGUGAGCUGGUUAGUGAAGGCUUUGUAGCUGAGCAGUUUCUAAAUAACACAGCCACUCAACUGACAUACCAUGGAUUAUGUGAACUAACUUCAACGGUUCAGGAAGGAGAACUUUGUGUGUUCUUUCGGAAUAAUCAUUUUAGCACCAUGACCAAAUACAAGGGUCAACUGUAUUUGUUGGUAACGGACCAGGGAUUUCUUACUGAAGAAAAAGUUGUUUGGGAAAGCCUACACAACGUAGAUGGUGAUGGAAAUUUCUGUGACUCAGAAUUUCAUCUUCGGCCUCCUUCAGAUCCUGAAACUGUAUACAAAGGACAACAAGAUCAGAUAGAUCAGGAUUAUCUUAUGGCAUUAUCUCUACAACAAGAACAGCAGAGCCAAGAGAUCAAUUGGGAACAAAUCCCAGAAGGAAUCAGUGAUUUGGAACUAGCAAAGAAACUCCAAGAGGAAGAGGACAGACGGGCUUCUCAAUACUAUCAGGAACAGGAACAAGCAGCAGCUGCUGCUGCUGCUGCUUCUACACAGGCUCAGCAGGGCCAGCCAGCACAAGCCUCUCCAUCAAGUGGAAGACAAUCUGGGAAUAGUGAACGUAAACGGAAGGAACUGCGAGAAAAAGAUAAAGAAAAAGAAAAGGAAAAAAAUAGCUGUGUUAUUUUGUAACAAGUGUUGGCUUCUGUUGGAACCACCUAUAUGUCUUGAGAAACAAAACCACAGGAGGAAAGGAAGAAAAACCGAUCAAUACCGUCUGUGCCUGAUUUCCCAAUGGAUUUUGUUCAUGUUUUUUCAGGGGAAAGGUUGUUACUUAGUUACAAUCAGACUUUUUCAAGUCACACAAUACACUCUUUAUGAGCUGGAGUUUCGUGUUACAAGUUGGAAAUGCUGUGUGUUGUCAUUCAUGAAAAAUACUGCACUUGUAGCCAGAUAAACAAAUCACAGCAAAUUUUGUGUCAUAGUGACAUUCAUAACUCAUAUCAGUUAGUAAGCUAUUAUAUCUUCUGUUCUAACAGUGAAUGGAGGUAAUUGAUUUAGUCUGAUUCCUUCCUGAAAUCUAAAUAUUAGCACAAUAGUUUCUGAAAUUUUACAAUGUUAAAUUAUGAUCUAAUCCAUGAGAAACCACGGGUUUAACAUAGGGAUUCAAAAAAAACAAAAACAAACAAAAUAAUAGGAAUAAAUAACCCUUAAUUGUAUAUUGGACUAGUUCAGCCCUUAAACAGCUUUACUUUUAUUUAGGAAUGUACAUUUUAGGUGUUAUCUUGAGAACUGAUCAUGGAGCUUAGAUUUAAUUUAGAUAGCAAAAAUAAAGAUUUGUAUUUCUUUUCCAAUAGCAAAAGGUUGCAUAACACUAAUACUUAUAACCUAUCAAUAUCAGAUAUUAAUGACUUUGUAGUGUUGUAAAAUUUUGAGGAAUUUUGGAGUCUUUAUCAUAGGUAACCUGGACCACAGUUACUAUUUAUUGACAAUGUGAUUGAGUACAUGGAGGAAAGCACAGUGGAUGCUAGGCCUUGUAAAUAUGGGGAUGUAGAAAAGCAGAUAGUUCAGUGUCUACCUUUUUCUAGUAUUACCUUGAACCUUAAAUUUUAAGUCAUGUUUAUUGCUAGAAAAUUAAAUGUACUUAUUAAAACCAAUGAAAAAGCACAUUUCUGAAAGGAAGUUAGAGAUAAUCUCUGUGUCUUGUGAAAAGACAUUAAUAAAAAUCUGAGAGGGCCGGGCGCAGUGGCUCACGCCUGUGAUCCCAACACUUUGGGAGGCCAAGGCGGGCGGAUCACCUGAGGUCAGGAGUUCACGACCAGCCUGACCAACAUGGUGAAACCCCAUCUCUACUAAAAAUACAGAAAAUCAGCCGGGCAUGGUGGCGGGCGCCUGUAGUCCCAGCUACUCAGGAGGCUGAGGCAGGAGAAUUGCUUGAACCCGACAGGCGGAGGUUGCAGUGAGCCGAGAUCGCACUGCUGCGCUCCAACCUGGGCGACAGAGCAAGACUCCAUCUCAAAAAAAAAAAAAAAAAAAAAAAAUCUGAGAGUAGCUAAGAAUUUGGAGGAAUUUAUGUAAAAGCAAUCAGAGUUUUUAACUUAUGGGAACCAAAUAAAACUAUAACCUCUUAUAGUGUUUAUAGAACUCAGAAAUACUAUUUAUUUAACUUUAUUAUGAGGCCACACAUAUUUUCCUGUGUUUCUAUAUAUAGUUUGGAAAACUAUCCUCAAUAGUCUGUUUUAUAUGCCUUAUAUUUAAAAGUUUGUUUUAGUCAUUUUGAAAGACUAUUGCUGCUGCAAAUAGUUGUGUACUUUACAUUCUAAGCUUCAGUACAUUUCUUUAUUUAAGAGCAUCAUAAUCUGACCUGAGCAUCCACUUGGAGAACAUUUUCUUUGUGUGUGGUCUAGGGUGACAAAAGACCACAAAAAUGUGUGGUCUGGAUUUUUUCAACUACGUCAUUAACUUUAUGAUCCCAGACCAGUUAUAGGAUGAAUCUAUAUGUAAAAAUAAAGUGUUAUUUAUGGAAGGAAUUAUUCUAAGGGAAAAAUCCAGGGUCAAGCUGUAUCUUUUAUGUCCUCUAUAUUGCAUGUCUAUUUCUGUUACACAAUUUGUUAUUUCUUCAAAUUUCCUAUGGUAGUAUGAUAAAUCAUCAAAGAAUCUGUUUGGGAUAUAAAACUCUGAUAGAAAAUAUUUAAUGAGUAUCUUGAUUAUAACCUAGAGUAUGUAUACCUUAGUAAUAAUAACCCGAUAUACUGCAGAACUCUGUUGGCUCAAACAGGUUGACCUCAAUCCAAGUUUACUCUUGAUAUCACUAUUGGCUGAAGGUGGAAACUCAAACCUCAGGGUUUGUUUUUCUUGGGACAGAUAGUGUGAUAGUGCAUUAUAUUUUAAUAAGAAAAACAAACCAGUAAACCUUGAGAAAUUUUAAAAAGCAUAGUCGAGGCGUAUUUUUUCAUAAUUAUAUACUUAUCUAUUUAUUGCCCUUGGAAAAUAUAUGUGUAGAAGUAUUUCUUCUGUUAUUUGUUACUAUCUUCUUAAUUUGUUCCAAAGAAAAUACUGCCAUACUGCAUUCCUUCUGGAAGGAAACAAAACAGAACAAAACUCACUCAAAACCAGCAGUGCUGCUAUCAGAUAAGUAGAUGUCAAUAUAUACUUACAAGGAAAAACUAAAAAAUGUAAUGUGUUAAUUCAGCCUUUUUCUAUGUAAUAUUUCCAAGUCAGACUUUCUUACAUUCCUGGAAUUUAGUUUGAUAUACCAAGAAUAAUAAUGAUAAAAUGUUUGCUGUGAUUACUGUGGGGGGAAAAAUGAAAUGUUAAAUUGUAUUAAAACACACAAACUUUUCAGA